UCGUAGAUCAGUCUUGAAUGUAAUCGAUCGAAUUGUUUUAUGAAUCACGAUUUUUGGUUACAAUAGUAUUCGUUAUUUAAUACGUUCUGUAAAUCUUAUGUCGAUGUUAUUUGUUGUAAUUUAUUAUAAAUAAAAUUUUGAUAUCCGAAUUAGUGGCUCAAUUUUUUUAGUGUAAACAUAGUAGAAAUAAUAAAAGUUUUAUGAUAUCUUAAUUAUUUUCAAAUCAUAUUCGAACUUACCGUAAUUACGUAAUUUAAAAAUUAUAAUGGCUCAAAACGUUAAUCCUAGGCUUGAAAGUGGACCAUCAGAUUCUCCUAAGAAAAGUGAAGAUAUGAGCGACAAAAUUGAAUCUAAUAAAGUUGUUCAAAGAUUGCAAAAAGAACUCAUGAGCCUAAUGAUGUCUUGUGAUCAAUCUGUAUCUGCCUUUCCUGAUGGAGAUAAUCUUUUUCGAUGGGUUGCUACUAUUAUUGGACCUAAAGAUACAGCAUAUGAAAAUUUGAAAUACAAAUUAAAUAUGGAAUUUCCACGUGGUUAUCCUUAUAAACCUCCUACUGUAACCUUUGUUACUCCUUGCUUCCAUCCUAAUGUUGAUUUUGACAGUGGUGCUAUAUGUUUAGACAUUUUAAAAGAUAAAUGGUCUGCUAUGUAUGAUGUAAAAGCUAUUCUUAUAUCUUUACAAUCACUUUUAGGGGAACCAAAUAUUGACAGUCCUUUAAAUGUUAAAGCAGCUCAAAUGUGGCCUAGACAAGAAGUUUUUAAAGCAACAUUAUUAAGCACUUACAAAGAGUUUGAAACAAAUUAAUUCUUUAUAUGAGUGUAAUAUAGUGUCAAAUAAUAGUAUUUUUUUCACUUUUAAGUAUAAUUCCAAAAAAAUAGUCUAUUUAUUUAUAUUUGUUUAUUGAGAAGUUUAUCAUUUAAAAUGAAUUAAUAGACAUCAGAAAAAUAUAUUUUCUGUAUUAUGUAUAACAAACAUUUUAAGUAAAUUUUGUAUUUUUGAUGUAUUA